UCUGCGCAAGCCUAUCAGUAUCUCCACAAUGUGCUGUGUCCCUUAUGUGGCAUCUCCCCCCCUUCCCUUUACUUUAUCCCCCCCUAGAUCAAGGCUCCAUUUUGCUGGAUAAAGACGGCAAGAGAAAACACACGAGGCCGACAUUUUCUGGCCAGCAGAUCUUUGCUUUGGAAAAGACUUUUGAGCAAACCAAGUACUUAGCCGGGCCGGAGAGAGCGAGGCUCGCCUAUUCGCUGGGGAUGACGGAGAGUCAAGUCAAGGUCUGGUUUCAGAACCGGAGGACCAAGUGGCGGAAGAAGCACGCGGCCGAGAUGGCGACCGCCAAGAAGAAGCAGGACUCGGAGACGGAGCGGCUGAAAGGCGCCUCGGAGAACGAGGACGACGACGACGACUACAACCGGCCCCUGGACCCCAACUCGGACGACGAGAAGAUCACGCAGCUGCUCAAGAAGCACAAGACGGGCGGGCCCAGCGCCGGCCUGCUGCUCCACGCCUCCGAGAACGAGGGCUCUUCCUAGGCGGCGCGGGGAGAGCCGGCGGCGAAGGAACCCCGCGCCACGAGCAGAGCCCCGCGGAGGCUGCGCCCCCGACCCAGAUGCCGCUUCUAGCCGGAGGAAGAGGACGGCGGGCGCCAGGCGGCCCCCGAGACGCUCCUGCCCGGGUGGGUUUCUCUGGGAAGUUGGCG